CGGUGAAGGUCUGUCGUUUGACGUGCUACGCUAGUUGUGGCGGGAUUUCGUCACUAUGAAAAGUUUGAAGGAAACUUUUUAAACUUCAGUGUUAUGAACUAAAAUAUAUUUUAUAUACUUAGAUUUCACCAAAAACUGCGUAGCGAUCGAAAUACACCGCUAGUAGUGAAAGUUCACCGGUCAAAAUGUCGGUUGUUAAUUCAAAGUGGCGGUUACCUGACGUUUUUUGUGUCGGUGUGUUGAAUGAAUGUUGGAAUCACGUUUAAUUCGCGACGCGGGAUGGGUGAGUAAGUGGUACGAGGUGAUUUGGGACUCAGCGAAAUGCCUUUCGUGCAGCGUGUGGUGGAGCCGAGAUUUUUGUCACGAACGAGUCUACGGGACGAGGAUGGGAAGCCAAAAGUGACGGAUGAGGAGUUACAGGCGGUCACGAACUGUACCCUGAGCAAUGCCUUGCGUCAACUCGCCUCACUCGUGCUGCUUGCCGAGGACAUCUUCAGCGAGUUGACCACGCAACUGCAGGACAUCACAGAACGAUCUAAAUUGGCGCAAACGAAGAUCGAGAAGAUCGGUGAAAUUGUCGAAAAAUAUGACCCGAAGAAGGUACCAGUCCCGGAAGGCAGCCUGUCCGACUUUGCUGUGCGCAAAGUCCACUACACGGCGAGCAAUCCUCUCAAAAAGGGUCUCUUCACACCCGACACCAGGCCUGCAAGUUUGCGCAAUAUGUAUGAAAAGGCCACGACUGACCGCCUGUCGGCUUCCAUCCUCGACCAGCUGCGAAAAGACUCCCAAUACUCACCGUUCCUGUUAUGCACUCCUGUACUCAGUUCCAAGAGAAGGCGCAUCUACCAAAAAGUCGAUGUGGAUAUAGAAACUCACAUUCCGUCAGUAGUCGAGCAUCUAAGGAAAUGGACCUCAAAGGAGGCGGUGGGUGACGUCACGGCUCUACCAGACGCGUCAAUGAGGAUAGCUAGUUGUGUUACAUUAACACCAGACGAACUCUCCGAGGUAGGGUCCGGAGACGAUGAGCCCAUCGACCAUAGGCUGCCCAGCCCCGAGGAACAACUCAGAGUCAUCGCUUCGAAAUUUCCACCGGAAGUGGUUGCGAUCGACACAUCAGGAAAAUUCUUCGAUAGAAUGUGCAGUUCUCGCAAGUCGUUGCACAUAGAGCCUACCGGAGAAACUGACACCGUCAAGCGACGCACGCGCACUAGAAAACCUCGGGGUAAAAGACGAAACACCAUUUCGGGCACUGAUCAAAAAGAGCUUAGAGAGGCUAUAGCUGGUGAUACAUCAAUCGCUGCGGCUACUGAAGAGAUCGAGGACAACACCGUCAUCAGAUCGCGUUCUAGCGAUUUACUUAAGAAAAGUCCCAUCGAUCCGGUGGCUAAGAAGGGUCAUUUUAAUUCGCUGAAGCAAUGGGGCAAGAACAGAUUGAAAAUGAUCGGCAGAUCGCCUAGCGCCAGUAGAGAUAGUUUUAAGGACAGUUUAAAGACCGAGAAAGUAAAAGACUCUAAAUCACAAACGUCUCAAGAAGAUAAUGUAACGCAGGAAACAGUGACAAUGCGAAAGAAACGACCGGGAGAAGAGGAUAGAAGAACACAUCAAAGAUGCGCUUCCUAUUCUUCCUCCGAAAAGAGUAUUGGGGUUCCUAGUAGCGUUCCGACUACGGCAACAAUAAACAGCGGAGUGAAAUUGCGCGGCACCGCGGCGCAGAGACGGCUGCGUCGGGCCGGCGUCCGCGAGGAACCGCACUCCUCCAGCGGGAACUGGUCCGCCAGCUCAGAGUCGGGCAGGACUAGCAUUGGCUCGGAAAUCACCACGACUACCGUUCCACCCAAAAGCACUACUUCGGCUGCGACAUCAAACAAUUCUCUUAAUCUUCAUCACGGUCCGCCCAGUUCAAUUAUUAGUCGCAGACGGUUUUUAAAUACCUCCGGGUCAGGUAGUGUUACUAGUGAAGGUACGCUGACUCCUGAUAUUAUUCACGAUUUGCAUGAAGACUUAGAAACGAGUUCCGAAUUUUCAUGCGAUACGGAAGGUUACUACACUUCUUUUCAUAUGGAUUCUGGUCUUAAAACAUUAAAAGAGGAGGAAGUUUGCCCUAGCACACCAUUGCAUACUAGUAACGCACUUUCCAAUUCAUCCAAUAGCCAAACUUUAACAGCGGAAAAUGAAUAUGAACUAUUCGGCAAAGGUUCGACCAGUACGACUACUAGUUCUGCAGGCACUGUUUGUACAACCUUAAUGGCAGCUGGAAGUGACAGAUCAUUGGUAAUAGGGCCCACGGUUCCUGAAAGAAAAAGCUCUCUGUCAAAAAUGAUGAGAAGUAGAAACAAUAAUAUUCAUAGUGCAAAUGCUAGCUUAGAUAGAAGUUCAAACUCUUCAUUCUCUAAAUCGCCGUUUAGUAGUUUAAAGUACAAACCAGUCUCACAUUCCUUUACUGAGAAGCCAAUUUAUAAUCACUCUUCACCAGAUAUAAAUGAAGUUACAACAUCAACAAUUACGAUAACGACAAACAUAGGUAAUCGCCGAGAAAUAACUGCAGUUGCUGAAGUACACACAGAAACAGAAUUAGAAUGUGCAAAAAAAAGUACAGGUACCAGCUCGCCUGACUCUGGCCAUAAUACAUCGAGUUCGCCAAUUGAAGAUUCAGUAUCGAGUGCUCAUGGAAAAAAUAGUCUCUCGGAACAAGAUUAUUCAGAAUCCUCAGAUUUAGAGGGUACUGACAGAAUAGAAAGAAUAAGAUAUAAAACUACAAUCAACAGCUCCAGAAUACCCUCGCUUUGUGUCAUUACCCCCACCAACUCUGACGAUGAAAGUGAAACCAGUAACAAAGACUCUGAUUCGGGAAAGAAAUAUGAAUUUGAUAAACCUGUAGAUACUGUCCUCAAAAAAUGUGCAAGUAGGCCUAAACUGGAAUUACCUUCUGAAGAACGGCCUAAAGAAGUUAAACCUAUCACUGAAGUAACAAAAGCUGUUACUAAACCUACUACGCAAAUUAAUUUGAAGGCUUCACUACAGCCUUUCAAUAACUUAAUGUGUAAAUUGAAAGGAGUGCUUCCACAUAAACUCUCUAAUAAAAAAUCGCCAAUAACAAAAGAUGCAAACUUGACUGAAGAGUUAUAUGACGCCGGUGAUUACGUCACGAUAGCAGAUGUUAAAAAUAAUAACCAGAAAAUGAACCUCAAUAAUAGAGGAAUUUACGGAAAUAAUGACAUAGUUAAGAAAAAUCUUCAAACCGUUUUAUCAGGAAAACUUCCUGACACCGAAUAUGUUUCGCUAAAUGAGCUCCCCAAUUCUUUGAGUGGAAGCAAAGAUUAUUUAGAACAUGUACUUGACGAGAAACCUUCUCCAGUACUAGAAGAAAUUCAAAGAAAGGGUGCAAAAGUGACAUUAGAUUCUCAAGGUCAAGUUAUCUUCUCAUCGGAUACGUUAAAACGUCGCAAAGGGGCACAUACUACUUUCGAGCCAGGGCCAUUCGUUCAAGAGAUUAACCCAACCACCACAAUCAUUCAGCGAGAAACUGCAGAUAUUGUCAAAAUUACAGAUGAAACAGAUUUUCCUUACGAACCUCCGUCUCCAUCUAGUAAACCUACGUCCCCGCAGUUAGGAAAACUUAUCAUAAAAGCACCUAUUGAUCCGGAAGGGCCUGUUACUACAGAAUUUGUAAAGUUUCCACCUCCAAAACCAAGCACAAUAAUAACAGCGUCGCCGCUUACGGAAACGCCAGUUACAUCAAGACGAGAAUCUAGAAGAGAAGAAGAAACAAAUAAACAUAUACAAGAACUUCCACGAGUUGUAGAAGCUAUUACUAGAACUGGGGCUUACGUUAAUAUACACGAUGCAGAGGGUGUCAGCUUAUCUCCGACGAAAGACGAUUUAGCAGACUAUCGACAUUCCAGUGCUGACACACCCUACAUGAAUACUCAACAACAUCUUAUUAAAAGUCAGAUUCCAGCAGUAAAUCUGAAUGCGCUCAACCCCACUUUACAUCGAUAUAACACAGCCCAUCUCCGCGGCAGACAUGGUAUUAUCAAUUAUGAAAACUCUUCAAGACCACCAAAGGAGCAGCCUAAGUUCUGGACUCUUCCUAAACGAAGCGUCAUUGAACAAAACGUUCCGAACAUAAAUACUUUUGAGCAUAGGUCAACACUGAACUAUCCUUCGAAUACAGAUGGUAAAAUACAAACAUUAAAUCUUCAACAAGACAUGCGGCAUAGUACAAAUGAUGAAUCCGUUAGAAUAUCGCCUAUAGAUCCCCGCACACCAGGUUCUUUUAAAUCUUCUACACCAUCGAACAAAGAGACAGUUGUUGACCUUAGCACUAAACUACUUUCACCCGUCAAGUCUACAAUGACGAAUGAAGAGCUUUAUGCCGUGAUACAUAAAAGUAAAAAGAAACUAAAUAUAAAAGAUUCUGAAAGAGCAGAAUCACCAGCCUUAUCUACAAUCAGUUUGUCUCCAGUGAGUUCAGAAUCAUCUCUGUACAGCAAAGGUUCACAACGCCAUCCAGAAACGGGAUAUUUAGGAGAUCCGAGAACCCGAAUGAGUUGGUCACCAGCAGAAAAACAACACAUGCCCAUGCCUACCAAUUCCAUUUAUGCACAAAAAGAAAAUUUGUGCACGGAUAGAUAUGGACCUGUACCACAAACAUCUAGACUAGACUUCAAAAAAUUACUUUUACAGCACAGUGUUAAGUUAAAUACACUGAAUCCCCAGAAUAGAUGUAAUAAAUUGUCAGCUGUGGAACAAUUAAAAAUAUCUAAAGAAAAAGCUCAAAUACCUUUAACACCGACAACCCACAGAACGCAACUAAACAUAUUAGACCUAAGUGGAUCUCCUAAAACUUACACACAUAGGAAGAUAAUAAAACCAAAUCCUCAACCGCCUUCACCAGGAAGGACUAGCGCGCUGAUUAAAGACCAUAAAAAUACUCCUAAAAUUUUACUUUCACCUAAAUCACAAUGGCGGUUUUCGAGUCCUAGAUCUGACGUGCUGUCUACACCCAUACCAGAGGCAAAUAAUGAAGAUGAUAAUUCCAACAGUUCCGGAGAAAAACAUGAAUGCUCACCAAAUAACCCACCGACAAAAACAGUUCCUAUAGUCACAAAUCAACAUUUUGGGGCAAGAAGAAACCUUAUCCCAACAAAUGAAAAUAUUAUUGAAACUGAAAAAGAUUUCCCGGGAUCAAUUCAUCAAGGUGUAUUUCCACUAAAUUCGAAUUUUGGAAAGUCAAAUAUUUCAUCGCAUGCCGAAACAAUACAAGCAAAACGUGCAGAAUUUUUUAACUUUCCCCCUGAAGCGUCUCCGCCCAAAUUAUCGUCAUUUAAAAUGCCGGCAGCUAGUUCGUCGUCGAAAUCAAGAAGCAAAUCUUCUCCAGAAAGAGGCAAAACGUCACCUACCACCUUAGAAACAGCAUUAUGAUACUUUCACCGUACCCAUUAAGUGGUGCUCUUGACUCCGUUUUCAAUUGUUAUUUUUUAUAGGAAAGCGAUGAAAUUGAAGAAGCUUUAAUCUAGUCUAUCUAGCUUGAAGUGCCAUUUCAUAGGCACCCACUGCCUCAUUUCACCAGUGUUUUACUGCUUAUUAUAUUCCGCUCAAACAUGCUCUAUUGGGGCCAAUUUUGUUUCAUCUAGUAUGAGGUAUUUUUAAACUUCAUAGAUAUAAAUAAUUCUUAAGUAAUUUAUUGAGUACAUAAGUACUUUGUAAGUAGUGUUUUGAACUUUUUCAAAGUUUUUAAGUUAUUCGGAAUACAAUUUUAAAUAAAUGUGUUGAAUAUAA